AUUACACGUUAUUAUAAAUAGAACAACAAGCACUACACCCUUUUGGUUACUCAACAAAAUCCCAUUUAUAUAUCUAUGGCCACAGAUAAUCGGAAUAUCCAUCGGAAAAUCGGACGGUCAACGACGAGGACAAAGUGUCCGACGCCAUUCUUAUCGAAAACUUACGAUCUUUUGGAAGAGCAAGAAGAAGAGAAUAAUAAUAAUAAUAAUAAUAAUAAUAUUAAGGUUGUUUCAUGGAAUGGUGAAGGAAAUGGAUUUGUUGUGUGGUGUCCAGAUGAGUUUUCUGAGGUUAUGUUACCUAAAUACUUCAAGCACAACAAUUUCUCCAGUUUCAUUCGACAACUCAAUACCUAUGGAUUCAAGAAAGUAGCAUCAAAACGUUGGGAAUUUCAUCAUGAAAAGUUCCAGAAAGGGUGCAGGCAUUUGCUAGCAGAAAUAACAAGAAAGAAAUGUGAGCCAAGUGUAUUUCCUACAUACUUAAAUCCUUCUAAAAAGAGCACAUUAUUAUUAGCUAGAAAUAAUCAAGAGAAUACAACAAGGCAACUUCUCAUGGAAGAGAACCAAAACUUGAAAAAGGAAAAAAUGGAAUUGCAAUUGCAAAUUGCACAUUUCAAAACAUUGGAAAUGAAGUUGUUGCAAUGCCUUUCUCAAUGUGUGGAAAAUCCACAUAAUAAAACUAGAAGGUUGUUUUAGACAAGCGUGAGUGCUUUGUACAUCGAGCUAUUUUUUAUCUUUUCUUAAUCAUACAUGUAUAAUUAAAUAGAUAUACCCUAGCUACAUAUCAGACUAUUUUUAUUUUUUUUUCAGAAAGGGGAAUAAGGGAG